GUGCCUAGUUCUUUCUUUCCGGUUAAUCAUGCCGUUCGAGCGUUUCGUAGAGACAGGCAGGAUCGCCAAGUGCGCUGCGGGACCCCUUAAGGGCCGUCUCGUCGCUAUUGUCGACGUUAUAGAUCAAAACAGAGUUCUAGUUGAUGGACCUCUCACUGGAGUCCCCCGACAGGAAUAUCGUUUGGCCAACCUUCACUUGACCAAAUUCCGCAUUAGGUUCCCAUACACAGCUCCCACCAGGAUUGUUCGCAAGGCGUGGAAGGAAUUCGACGUCAAGGCCAAAUGGAGGGAGACCGCUUGGUCGUUGAAGGCCCAAUCAAUCCGUAAGCGAACACAAUUGAAUGACUUCGAUCGCUUCAAGUUGCGUUAUGCCAAGAGGCAGAGAAACAAGCUCCUCACCGUUGCCUUCAACACCUUGAAGAAACGUACAAAGAGCGAUGGAACCACUCGCGUUCUCAAGAAGGACAGGAGGGAGAAAUUCCUUAAAUUGAAAGCGGAGAAGGGAAAGGGCAAGAAAUAAGAUUUCACACUUAAGAUCUGCUUUUACGUUUAAAAUAAAAAAAGAAAAAAAAUA